AUGCGACGGCACAUCAGAGCUGUUCAUUCGAAUGAGCGACCUCACGAAUGCAAGUACUGUAAGAAAACCUUUUCUCUAUUGGCCAGGCUCCGGAUCCAUGAACGGUCUGUUCACUUUAAGCAACGACCCCAUACAUGUGAACAUUGUAACAAAUCGUUUUUUGAGAAGCGCAGUCUGCGACGGCACAUCAGAGCUGUUCAUUCGA